CCCAGGAGGCCAAGGCGUUUGAAGUAGCGAAGGACGGGCAGGCAACCCCUCUUUAUUCUUUUGGACACGAUUUCAAAAUCAAAAUUUAAAGGAGGGAGUUCAUUCUAUUUCUGGCCGCCCCUCUCACAUGAUAACGUUUCAACGCUUGUCUCCCUCCUCCUCACUUCGCUUCUUUUAAUUCCUUCCUUUCUUUCCUUCGGAUGUCACGGAGGCGGCGGUCUCCGGCCCUUCCAGGUCUCGAGGCGUGCCAUUAUUGCUAGGGUUUCUCCGAGAGAGAGAUAUAUAGGGAGGGAGGGGGAGAGAGAGAGAGAGAGAGAGAGAUCAGGGCCAUGGCGUCCAAGGCCUCGUCUUCGGCUUCCGCCAGCAAAUCCAUGCCCUCCACCGGCCUUCAGGACUCGGGUUUUGAAUUUUGAACUCGGAUUUACAUCUGGGUCCAAUAACUUAAAAGCAACAAUAAGGUGGCCUAAUGGGCUCCCAUGCUCUCCCAUGGUGUGCCCUAAUUUUGAUAGAAGAUGGGGGAGGCGGGGUGGAGAAGGGGACUGAACCACCGAUUGCUGCUAAUCACUAGCUGUUGAACAUCGGUGGUAGGACAUCGGUGGGAGAGCAGUGGCUUCUAGCAAACGAGAUCACCGGAAUUAAAGAAGGAAAUCAUACUUCUCAGGAUAUUUUGUCAGUUAUUGAUUCCUUGAUGAAACAAGUUGUUGCUGACCGUUACAUAUAUAUUAAGGAAAGAAUGGAAGAGAACAAGCAGAAACUCAGUAGCAUCACGCAACAUCUUUGUAAUUUAUCAAAGUUUAGGAGAGAUACAACAUCGAACAAUACUAACAUAGAUGUAAAUUUGUUAACGAAAAGGCAAGAUGAUGCACUUUGUAUGCUAAGUAGUCUUGAACUAUCUGGAGGGGAAAAAGAUAGCAGUAGUUGUCAAGAAGAAAGUUCAUAUGCCUCGUCGAUUGUACUUAUAGGGAGCAACUAUGGAGGAAAGAAUACAGUUCGUCCAAUCAAACUGCCAGAAGUGCCAAAAUUACCUCCAUAUACUACAUGGAUUUUCUUGGACAGAAAUCAAAGAAUGGCAGAGGACCAGUCCGUUGUUGGUCGUAGGAGAAUUUAUUAUGAUCAAAGUUGUGGUGAAGCUUUGAUUUGCAGCGAUAGUGAGGAUGAUGUAGUUGACGAUGAAGAAGAGAAGAGACAGUUUGGAAGUACUGAAGAUUUUAUUAUUCGGAUGACCAUCCAAAAAGUUGGUUUAUCAGAUGCUGUGCUGGAUUCAUUGGCUCAGUGCCUUGAAAGGAGUACUGAUGAAAUCAGGGCAAGAUAUGAGAGCAUUAUAAAGAUAGAGAAAACUGAGGAGUGUGUUAAAAAGGGAGAAGGUGGAGUUGAGAUUCAAACUGAAGAUGCAUUAUCAGAAAAAGAUCUGGAUGCAGCAUUGGACUCUUUUGAUAACCUUUUUUGUAGGCGAUGUCUAGUUUUUGACUGUAGACUGCAUGGAUGUUCUCAAGAUUUGGUAUUUCCUUCAGAAAAACAACUUCCCUGGAGCAACUCAGAUGAUGUCACACCUUGUUGUGGUCACUGCUACAAACUGGUCCCAAAAUCAGAGCGUAUGGUUACCAUGAAUUCUGAGGUGCCACAUGUUUUUGAAGAGCCAACACAGUCAUCUGGUAGUGCUCGAGCAUCACUGUCUCCAAAAAAGAAAAGUCAAGGUUCUUCUGUAGGGAGGAAAGCAAAAUCCCAUCAAAGUGAAAGUGCUUCUUCUAAUGCAAGAGUUGUUUCAGAAAGUAGCGAAUCUGAAGUAGAUCCUCGACAGGAUGCCAUGUCUGUUCAACUCUCUUCACCCUUGAAAAUUAAACAGGGUGGCAAAUCUGGUAUUCGGAAGAAAGACAACAAAAGAAUUGCUGAGCGGGCUCUUGUAUGCAUGCGGAAAAAGCAGAAGAAAAUGGUGACCCCGGUGCCCCCAGACUCUGAUUCCAUUGUUAAUGGAUGCCUCUGGCCGCAUGAUAUGAAGCUUAGAUCAAAUACACGCAAUGGCAGUAAAGAUUCUACUUCAUCUUCACAGAACAAACUUGUCAAAUCUCCAAUAAUCAGAAGUUCCAGAAAAAAGGGACUAUCACAUCAGGACAGUAUCAAUUCAGCUUACAUUGAAACUCAAAAUGAUUCUACUGGUGAGAUAGGGAAAGAGUCACUGGCCACAGAUUGUGAUGAAAGUUCAAGAAAAGAGGAGUUUGUUGAUGAGAACAGUUGCAGAUAUGAAAAUACUCGUCGUAAAUCUUGGAAAAUGAUUGAGCAAAGCCUUUUUGUUAAAGGUCUGGAAAUUUUUGGAAGGAACAGCUGUCUCAUCGCUAGAAAUCUUUUAAGUGGAAUGAAAACAUGUAUGGAGGUUUUUCAGUACAUGAAUUAUGUGGAAGAUAAAAGAACAUAUGGAGCUGCUGAUGGUGCAAAUUCUCUGGUUGAAGGCCAUGCCAAGGUUGACUACAAUGAAUCUAUGGGUAAUGAAUUGCAGACAAGAUCAAGAUUCUUGAGAAGACGAGGUAGAGUUCGUCGCUUGAAAUACACUUGGAAAUCUGCUGGUUACCAUUCCAUAAGAAAAAGAAUUACAGAGAGAAAGGAUCAACCUUAUCGGCAGUAUAAUCCUUGUGGCUGUCAAUCUGCUUGUGGAAAGCAAUGCCCUUGCCUUGUAAAUGGAACAUGCUGUGAAAAAUAUUGCGGGUGUCCUAAAAUUUGUAAGAACCGAUUUCGAGGUUGUCAUUGUGCCAAGAGCCAGUGUCGAAGCCGUCAGUGCCCAUGCUUUGCUGCUGAUAGGGAAUGUGACCCUGAUGUUUGUAGAAAUUGCUGGGUUGGGUGUGGUGAUGGUACUUUAGGAGGCCCAAAUCAAAGAGGAGAUAAUUAUGAAUGCCGGAAUAUGAAGCUUCUCCUCAAACAACAACAAAGGGUCUUACUUGGAAGAUCUGAUGUUUCUGGCUGGGGAGCAUUCCUUAAGAAUAGCGUUGGUAAACAUGAAUACCUUGGGGAAUACACCGGAGAAUUAAUCUCUCAUCGAGAAGCAGAUAAGCGUGGAAAGAUAUAUGACCGUGAAAAUUCAUCAUUUCUUUUCAACCUUAAUGAUCAGUUUGUUCUCGAUGCAUACCGGAAGGGAGAUAAGUUGAAGUUUGCCAACCAUUCGCCCGAUCCAAACUGCUAUGCCAAGGUGAUCAUGGUAGCAGGUGAUCAUAGGGUAGGUAUAUUUGCCAAAGAACGGAUAAGUGCAGGGGAAGAACUCUUUUAUGACUACCGUUAUGAGCCAGACCGUGCACCUGCUUGGGCUCGAAAACCAGAAGCUUCAGGCUCGAAGAAGGAUGAAAUGCAGCCUUCUACUGGUCGAGCCAAAAAGCUUGCAUAAUUUGAUGGAUGUUUUGUUCAUUUGUUGCCGUGAAACUCCAACAUUCAUUUUUCUGCCCAUUUUUACAACGAAAUCAUUCAUUCAGGCGAUAGAAACCAUGACAUUAUCUUCUGAUUUUAGGAUUUCAUUAUUUUUUUGUGCAAUUCGAGCACUUUCUAAUCACCUUGUUCAUCCGAAAGGUUCGUUUUGGACCGUCAAUUAUAUUGCCCCUCUCUGUCUCUC